AUGUCCUUCAAUCUCUAUGCCAAUACCCUGACGGCUAAUGGGCUGACCGUUCCUUCGGGAACUGUGAGUCUGCCAGCUGGGUCUGUCUCGGCAGCAUCCCUCUCCGGCGUGCUGGCAUCCUCAAACAUCCCCAACUUGUCUGCCUCAAAUCUGACUUCGGGGGUCUUCUCUGUGGGUUCCUUUGGCACUUCUGUGACGCCAAAUGCAACCAACGCGUUUUCCCUGGGGACAUCCUCGAGUCAGUGGUCAAACGUCUUUGCAAGUACCGGAAACUUCAGCUCAAACCUCUCAGUGACGGGCCUCUUGACGGCAUCCAACGGGCUGACUGUCUCAGCAGGCUCCGUUUCAUUGCCGAAUGGGUCCAUUACGGCCUCCUCAGUGGGCAACAUACCCGCAUCCCAGAUCACUUCAGGCGCGUUUUCGCGGAAGGUGUGGAACGCAGGGGCGCUCGGAAUCCAGUCCAUAGCGGCCAACAGCUACUUCAAACAGGCAACUCUGCUCGAUAGCGGCAACACUGGCAGCGCACAGGGUCUUCGGAUCGUUGGACAGCUCGGUGGUUUCGGGAACUCGCAGACGGCGACGAUCGACUGCACCAUAGUCUCUCGAGGCAACUUUUACGUGCGAGGCACGAUCCAAGGCUUCAUCUCAGGGGCCAAGCAGCACGCUGAUAUUGUCGUGUACAUAGAGACAAACGGGCAGUACAGCGUCUACUAUUACAACCCCGCACAGUUCUCGGUAUGGGACCUCAGCAUCGAGGGGGGCUUCGGUACGACCCUCUACGAACCCACCUCGACGGCCAGCACAGCUCCAACCGGCACCCUCGUGACAUCCUCGGUCCUGAGCCUCUUAAAUAUGCAGUCAGAAUUCUCUUCGGGCACUGUCACCACUGCCUUCAACAACUUUUCAUUCUCAGACUCUGCAGUCUCGGGCAACCCCACGUGGACUGUCAUCGGUUCAUCCAAUUCUGGUGCCAUUCUCAGUGGCAGCAUCACCAGCGGGCAGCUCAACCCAUCAGCCACGGCAACAUGCGACCUGGGGGCGUCCGGUACCGCGUGGAGGAAUGCUUACCUCUCGAGCAAUAUCAGCGUAGGUGGCUCUAUCACUGGAUCCAACGGCCUGACAAUCUCUGGAGGGACAGUUUCUCUGCCAAGUGGAUCUAUAUCGGCCUCUUCUGUCGGAAAUCUCCCUGCAUCUCAGAUUACUUCGGGUACGUUCUCGGUUGGCUCGUUUGGUGGCACGAAUAUCAGCACUACGGGAACCCUGGCAGCAGGGGCUAGCACUCUGGGGGCACUGACUUGCACAACCAUAAGCACUGAAAACAGCAACAUCACCGUGGGAAGUGGCUCCAUAACGAGCGGUCAGCACAAUCCCACUGCUAAUGCGACUUACGACCUGGGCGCCUCUGCGACGGCAUGGCGGAGUGCUUACCUAUCCAGCAACCUGUCUGUCGGGGGCGCCAUUACAGGGUCCAACGGCCUGACGGUUUCAGCAGGUUCGGUAUCUCUGCCCAGUGCGUCCGUGGCUGCCUCUGCUAUAGGUAAUCUCCCUGCAUCUCAGAUCACUUCAGGAGCCUUUUUGGUCGGAACGCACGCCGUGAACGUCUCGGCUUCCAACGCUUCGAGCACCCAAUUCGGCCUCCUAAGCGGAGCAACAACAAACUCUGCACAAUUUGGCUUGGCAGGAGGUGCAUCGGCCUAUAGCACAGACGCUGUGCUGGGCGACGCAAUCCUACGGGCAAACGGUGGGAACCUUCUGCUUCAAACUGGUGUUAAUGCGUCUGCCAUCUGCAUCAACAACACCAGCAACUACGUGGGUCUCGGGACCAAGAGCCCUCAGUAUCAGCUGGACGUGGCUGGGACGGUGAAUGCAUCUGGUGCCUUCAAUGCCGCCGCGACGGGCGGGCUGAUUUGCAGUGUGACAAACAUAGGGACAGGGACGGCAAGGUCCCUGGGCUCCUUCGCGUUAACCAAGAGCCUAUGGUCGAGUGCCAAUGGCCCUCUGGACACGUCUAACGUGCACAAUUAUGCAAGUCUGUCGAACAUCUUCAGCGGCGGCACGAUCCAAACUUAUAAUCUCAACAUCAGUGGUUACAUCAACAUCCCAGCAGCAGCGAACUACACGUUUUCAUCGGUUGGAGUCGACGACAGUCUCAGGUGGUACAUUGAUGGCAGUCUCGUUCUGUCCGCGGGUCUGAACCUGAAUGGCAGUACUGUAUCCUCAAGCACCAUAACGUUUGCCACCGCCGGGUGGAAGAACAUCACGAUCGUGCAGCAGAACACGGGGGGCAAUCAACAGUUCAGGCUCCAGUGGGCUCAGACCUCCGGCACGACGUUCGCGGCCACGGACAUCCCAGGAUCCAACCUCGCUUACGACCAGACUCAGUCGCAGAAAACGGCUUUGGGAGGCCCAUGCUUUGCCGAUCCUUACAACAACCGCCUCGGCGUCGGGACCGUGAGUCCCAACAACAUGCUGCACGUGUCGGGGGGCACUGCACAAUUCGACAGCAACGUCACCGUGGCAAACGCAUUGACGGUGUCCGGGGCGAUGACAUGCGCGAGCAGUGCCAUCGUUUCAGGAGGGACCGGUCCCACGUUCGUUUCCACUACCUACGCAGGAAGCUUGAACAGUGGGCAGUAUAUCAUAAGCCCGUACGGAGUCGCAGGCUCCGCGAACAACUGUGGGUUCACCGGAUUCAAUUACACCGGUGGGGCGGGGGCUUCGACCAACUACUAUGCUUUUGGAGUGCGGGGGUAUCUGAUGGGAAGCCAAUCCUUCAAUGCUUGUGCCAACGGCAACUUUGGUAUCUGCACGACAACCCCCUCCUACCUGCUGGAUGUGAACGGCACUUUCAGAGCCUCCACCGUUACGACAUUCGGUGGAAGCUGCAAUAUCAUGCCCGGCAUCCUAGCAGUGAACGACCAAACGGACUCCGGUACCAAUAGAGGCAUCCGCUACUGGCAGGCGAACGACUCUAACUGGGCAACGUACAUGUGUACGUCGGGGGCAGGGAAGUCGAGUGCGGGUGGCUCGACUUGCACCUCGUUGGACAACAGGACGGCUCAUCAUAUCAGGAACAGGGUCGGUAAUAACAACAAUCAAGGCUUUUUAUGGGAGAAUUCGUCAGAGUCUUGCCUGAUGUCGUUGACGGGCGACACGGGGAACCUGUUCAUCAAGGGCACGAUCGGAUCUAGCUCCGUGCGGGUCGGAGGCACCGCAUAUCCCAACGGGGUAGACUGCACGAGCAUCACGACCGGGAGCGGCUCGGCCACGUGCGGCGCGCUGAGUGCGUCGACCGGCGUCCUUGGCCAGAGCACGAAUAACUGGGCCAAGCGGACCUUCAGCAUCACUGGUCAGACCUUGUAUUCGACACCUAUGUGGUGGAAGAUCGCAGCAUUCUGGAACAACGGGGCUUAUUGCUCCGGUUGCCUGACAAUCACCGGCCUCCUCGGACAUGUCUCAGGGCCGGUGAACUUCACUGCAAACAUCGGAUUCCAUACUCAGAAUCCGAGCUGGAAUGCUUCACUCGUCCUCGACAGUCCGGACAGCACUGACCCAUUUGCGUCAGGAACAUUCGACAUUGCACUCUACAUUGACAACAGCAAGAACCUGUUCGUUUACGCAAAGCAAAACAUGGAUUAUCUGACCAUGAGCCUGGACGUCACCACUUGCCAAUUCGAAGGAAACGUUCCUGCAUCCUCCAUCUAG